AUGGGCCGACACAACGUAGACAAGUCAGGAGACCCGAGAGGUAGCCAGACAGUUGGGCAGAGACAGGGCUCGGGUAAGCAGAAAAAGCAAGGCACGGCACGCAGGCAGGGAAAGCUCGACGGCGAAGAAGUUGAGUUGUUGCUGAAUAUGGGUCGUUACACAUGUGAGGGUCCAGCAGAACGAAUAGCCGAUGACCACAUGCUGUUGCCAGAAAUUGGGUUCUGUACAGAAACGCACAAGCGAAAAAAAUGGCUGCAGCAGGUGCAGGGGUGA